AUGCAUCCGCCAGCCCGCCAGCAUUCAUCGGGGUCACUCGACCAGUUCGAGCCUGUUAUGGUGACUCCAGUGAUUGGAAAUGAGUUCACAAAGGAUACCUGUAAUAUCGUUGAUGAUAUUCUACAUGGUCCCGAUGCUGAAGCCCGCAUUCGUGAUCUUGCCAUCAUGAUUGCCGAACGCGGAGUGGUUUUCUUCCGAGCCCAAGACAACCUUACCAACGACCUACAGAAAGAGCUCAUCCUGCGCAUGGGUGAGCUGACCGGUCGUCCUUCCGAUCACGGCCUACACAUUCACCCAGUGACGAACGAUGCUCGUGAAUUCGGUGACUCAGAUCCUUCAAUUAGCACUAUCAACUCCGAGGGCCGGAAGAAACUCUACAAGGACACGCCCUAUACACAGCAGGCGGCUGUUUGGCACAGUGAUAUCGGGUUUGAGAAAGCGCCUGCUGAUUUCUCCUCUCUGCGCUUGGUGCAAUUACCAAAGACUGGGGGUGAUACACUUUGGGCUUCGGGGUAUGAGAUCUAUGAUCGUAUUAGUGAGUCUUAUCAGAAGUUUUUGGAAACUUUGACUGCAAAGCAUGAUGGUGUUGGAUUUAGACGGAUGGCUGAAACGGGGAAAUUUCAACUUUAUGAGAAGGAAAGAGGAUCUUCGGUUAACAUUGGGCCGACACUUUGUGCAGAACAUCCUGUCGUUCGAACUAACCCAAUCACUGGUUGGAAGUCUAUUUUCGCAGCUGGAUCUUUUCCAACUGAAAUCAUCGGAUUAAAUCGCAAAGAGAGCGCGGCAAUGCUACAAUGGUUUCACGAUCUUAUUACCUAUGGCCAUGAUCUUCAAGUUCGAUUUAAGUGGAAUAGCCCGAAUGAUAUCGCUAUUUGGGACAACAGAAGUGUCUUCCAUACUGCGACUGCGGAUCAUGAAGGGUUUGGACCACGGAGUGGUAAUCGAGCUGUAGGUGUUGGGGAGAUCCCUUACUUUGACCCGUCCAGCAAGUCGAGGCGCGAGGAUUUGGGCAUUCUGGAUGAUUUGGCUCCUGCCCAUCGCGUCUGA